UCAAUAGAUCAAUUCCUCUCUUGUUUGGGUUUCUUGUUUCCUGUUUGGAUCGAGGAAUGGCAGAUCUUUCGGGUCCUGAGGUGACGGCGGUUGUCCGUUGCGAGGAAUCAGUGUAGCACGAGGAAUUGUCCCGUAGAGCUCUGUAGGUGGCAGAAUCAUGGGUGGCGUGAGCUCACUGGGUGCAUAGACUCCUCCGGGUGCCGAAUAUUCUGAUCCAGGUGCACGUGGAAUAGAGCCGGGAUCACUGUCACGAACCACACGUGGUUUCUUGAAUGUUGGCGUUUCAUGGUUUACCGCAUGUCUGAAGGUGGACGACGGAGUCACGGGGACGCUAGCACCAGGCGGUGGUGGAUACGGUAAUGGGCUACCAGAAUACGGUGUUGAAUAAAUUUGAUCUCCCAGAGGAGAACGUCAGCCACGAUUCUGCCCGUUGUACUGGAUUUGAGACAACAUCCUUGUAAUUGCUGAGGAGGAAUUGGAGUGCCAACGUAUUGUCAGCGUCUCCUUCCGUACCCUUUGCUGCGAGCUCGUGCAAUUUCUGCAUAUCUUCGUCGGUUAACAAUACGAACGAAUCGCCACCUCGGAACGUCGCCAACCAAUACGUGACUGUAACUUCCGCAACAUAUCUGUCAACUUUUCCGUCGUCGAGUUAGCAAGUCGAUGUGAUGGAUCGCAGACCAGUGUCGUAUUACCGUAAUCGGCAUCGUUUUUGCAUGUCUCGUACUCAUCCCAAUAGAUUGAUCCAAAAACUGCCCUAUAAGGAACAGAAGGAUUGGAGCACGCAUGCGAAAGUGUGGGCGCGUUGUGACUGUGAGACCAACGACCUGGGCCACGCCCUCACCGCCCCCUUCGCCCACAAGGGUGCGCGUGUAGUGGUGGAGCUGCUGCUGCUGCAGAUGGUGCGCGAUCGGCUACCUCAACCCACAGGUUGUCGGGUUGAAGCGGACCGACGGGCUAGGGCUAUCUCUCGUCAAGGACGUCGUCAACAUGCAUACGAACACUAA